AGUUGCAUUUCGUUUGUCGUUCCGAGUGGAUUUCCGUCUCGCCGUCUAUAACGCCUUGUCUGAGAGAUAGAGCACAGUGUGUGGAUUGGGCCCUAAUCAAAUCAUCAGUGAAUGUCCUCUAGCUUCAGUGAUAGUGUUCUUAUGGACAGUUCAAAAAGUGGUUCUACUGGCUUCAGUGUGAAAGCGAAGCUUGGGUGAUUAGAGAACCGAGCAGUGGAAGAGAACGUGGAGAUUUCUACGUCGCAGCAAGAACGUAUAGGGGAUAGACUCACCUGCCGUUGUUUCCAGAUAGGCAACGGGGAUUUAACAUUUCACUCCUGUCUGCUAACUGAAAGGAAUGCCCUUUAACUGCAGUCGCGACUGUGUUGGUAUUAGAUACCGCAUCAACUCCCUGCACCAGACCUGGAAGUGGCUGCACCAGACCAUCGCCCUGCAUGAAUAUCUCAUCUCUAUGAGCGCUUCUGACACGGACGCUUUCGGGCAAGAAGGUAUCGAGUGCUAGGAGAAGAGCUCAGUGCCAGUACCAGUAGUUAAUUCAUAGAAACCGUAUAGCCUUCUACAUAAUCUAUCGUGAGUUAAGAGAAAGUGUUAACUGAUCCGUAAACCAAUCAGUUCCGUAGUGUUAAAGUGAAAAGUGCGAAGAUUGUCAACUUUUUUCCUCUGGCGAAAAAGAACGUUUAACUAGUCAAUUCAAACGUGAACGAAAUCACACGAACUGUCUGUGUCGAGAAACUGUCAAUGAACACUGCCAACAUCGAAAAAAAAAGUUUGUGAUAUAAAUUUAGAAAUCGUUUAUCCCGAACAGUCUAACCCAUCCAAAUUCAAAACAGUUCAGGAAUUCCCGCAAUAGUGAAAAAAAAGAAAAAUCCAAUCAGCCCAUCGUUACGCAAUACGGUAGACCUUCAAAAUUUCAACUCCCCCAAAAAAAACUCCCAACCCACCCAAAAGCGGAACAAACAGUGAAAUUAUAUAUAGGACAAAGAGAUCAAAAUAAAGAAGCGAGAACUCCCCAAGAUGGCUGCCCUCAUUGUACAACGCUGCAAUACAGCUGCACGUGCCGUGUGCAAGUUGUAUGUGGCCUCUGCUACAUCCACCCAUACCCAUACUCUCCUGGCGCGUACAAUCACCACUACCAACCGGCUGCAGAUCCAAAACAACACCACCAAUCACAAAGGCAAACAGCUGUCUUCUUCGGACGUGAAGAAGAUCCCGGACAGCGAGGUUCGCAAGUCCGUGUUCAUCUCGCAGUCCAACGAUGUCUACUCCAACCUGGCCCUAGAGGAUUGGAUCUAUCGGAACUUUGACUUUGCCCAUCACCACAUCCUGAUGCUGUGGAUCAAUUCGCCCACGGUGGUCGUUGGGCGCCACCAGAACCCCUUUGCCGAAGCGAACGUAUCGCAGCUGAUGCGUAAUGGGGUGGAACUGGCUCGGCGCAACAGCGGAGGCGGGGCGGUGUAUCACGAUUUGGGCAAUUUGAAUUGUACCUUCUUUACGCCACGUGCUCGCUACGAUCGGAAGUACAAUCUGAAUUUAAUCACCCGGGCGCUGUAUCGGGAGUACGGUAUCAGUGCGGACAUUUCCGACCGGGACGACAUCACCGUCAUGGGCAAGAAGAUCUCGGGCACCGCCGCCAAGUUGGGUCAACCCAACGCUUAUCAUCACUGCACUCUGCUGGUCAACUCGAACAAACUGCAUCUGGGCGAAUCGCUGGUCAAAGACAACGCCGAAGUAAUCAGCAAGGCCACCGCAUCGGUGCCGUCGCCAAUCAAAAAUUUGACCGACGUGAACCGCACCGUCAACAUCCAGCAACUCUUAUCGGCCAUUGGAUAUGAAUUCCUGCGGACGCCGGCAACGCAACUGACCGAUGGUGGACGUGACCUGUUGAUGAAGCAGCUCGGCUUCCAGUUGAUCAAUCCCACCGAGAAGUGGUUCCCCGGUAUCAGCGAGUUGCGGGAGAAUUUCUCUUCCUGGGAUUGGCGCAUCGGUAAGACGCCCAAGUUUUCCGUCCAGAAGAGCAUCCAGCUCAAGUCGGAAAGUGGAGCAGAUCAGUCCCAGCAGCAGCCACAGCAGGAGAUGAAGGUUAAGGUGGAUGUGGAGAAGGGACUCAUCCAGGAGAUCAGUCUCCUCGUGCCGGGACAGGAACCGAUUCCGGUCGUAUCGAGUCUGGUCGGUAAGCCGUACAUGGAAGACUGCUUCCACGGAAUCCUGGACGCUAUGAAGGGUGCCAGCACCGAGAACAUGAAACAUGCCAUGGGUUUGUGAGACCUGGAAAAAAGCCCCGCUGAUGAAUGAAAGCCGCGUAGAGCGCCCAUUCCGUGCCCCACAGUUGUACGUGGCAAGUGCAAUGAUUCAUCGAAUGCCACGUUACGUUUUCGAAGGCGACAAACAACGCCUGUGGAGAAAGAAACCGGCUGGCCGGGGUCGGUCUCGUUCGAGAAUGUGUUUACAAAUCGCGUUUCGUGAAAUGGCCUUCGAGGGGUUAAAGUGUGUGGCCAUUUAAAAUGUAGAUUAGACCGACUGUAGAAAAUAUCAAGGGGCGCGAGCGUACAGUUUUCAUUCGCGGGUAGGCACUCGGCCAUUCUUUCCAACGCUAUCGAUUUAUGGGGUUUUGUUCCAUUUUUGUUUUAUCAUACUCGACCGGCACUAACAACUGUCGAAACAAAUCGAAAGCAAUCAGCCAUGCGCUAAUCAUUUUCAGAUUUUUUAAAACGAUACCCAAAUUAAUGCAAAAUUUUCGAAUUCUAAUUUUGGGCGGAAAUUGGAUUCAAAGUAAAAGACUGACGACAAAAUUAUUUUAAAUAAAUUUGAACCGGGCACAUGUGAGUGAACCCUCAAGCAAAGAUGGGAAAAAGAGGCGAUGUAUCAAGAAGAAAAUUAAUUUUCGUGCGAAUUUCACAAUUGGUUUUUGGCGCCACAUAUCGUACAAAGCUCAAAAGUUGUAUUAAAUCUUUUAAAUUUGGGUUUUCUAAAUUCUUGACGUGUUAUGGUCGUAAGAAGCAAAUUUAAGAGAAUUAUUUUAUUAGAACCAAACAUAAAAUUUAUUUCAUUGUGAUAAAUGUACCACAGAACUGGCUAACUAAAUGCCCAUAAAUGCAUCACUGCUAUUUUCAACAGUUGUGCAAUUAUGGCAAGUGUUCCAUCUAGAAUUGGAUCAAACAUUGGUUAAUAAUAUAUAAUUGCCUUACUAAUACGUUUUGCAUAAAAAGUUGAUUGAAACAAGUUGGGAGUCAUCACCUUUUCAAUUAUUUCAAUGCAUAGUCUUUAGUUUUAUUCGCUUCAUAGCUUUAGUUAUAGUAACAGUGGGAUGUGUAUUUUGUUCAUUUUUAAAGUUUUGACCGGAUUAUUAACCACUUAGCCAUUAGUUUCGAACGACGCGUAACUGUUUCUGUUGUGUUCUCCGUUUCUUCGGAACGGUAACAAAAGGAAACUUUAUCAAGAAUACAAACCAUAUCAUUUUUAGUUCUUUAAGAAAUUGAUUUACACCGAUGGACGCUUUGAGUUAGGAGUUUUACUUAGUUCGUUUGUGCUAUUAACACAUUGUUAAAUGCUUCAGCAGAUUUCGGUUAAGUCCCAACAUGAUCCAUCUGAAUCUGAGCUCGAUAAAGUGUGCUAACCGGAAGCGGGUCCGCGCAUCCAAAAUUCUUGACCGUGCUUGAAAAAACAUCACUCACAGAAAUCACAAAAUUUAUGUUAAGAGAGGUUGCAAAUUUUAUCGAUAGAUACACAUAUAAAUCAAAUACGAAACUAGACGUUAAAAAUUGACAAUAAUGUACCUUGUGCAACUAGAAUGUAGUUAUGAAUUCAACUUUAGGGUGAAAAAAUAAUCAAAGGCAUUAUAAAAACAA